CAGUGCAGGGGCGAUCAUUAGAAACCAAAAGGAAAUUCUUCCGCAGUUGGCCCUUUAUCUGGCAACUUUAAGUUACAGGAGAACAAGCCAAUAGUUCUGUCUAUUAGGGGACCCAGUCCUCUAGAAAUUAACCUAGAAUGCUACGAAGACUAGUCUUUGUCGUUUUUCUUGCCAUUUUGCUGGACAAAAGUAUCAAGUUUUCAUACAGUCUACCAAGACAUCUUCAAGAAGCUGACGACUCUUUUGAGAAGUUAGAAGAAUUGAGACGGUUUGAGAAAGAUAGAGAAAAGGAUAGAGAACAUCUCAGAAAGAAGACCACAUCUGAUGAAGCAGGAAAUAUUGUUUCAAAUGGAGAGCUGUUUGAAGGGGACAUGAUUAUGGAUGAUGACUUGAGACAAGCUGUUUUAGGAGAAGCUGACAAAAGGAGCAUCCUCAAAAAUAGCAACAAAUUGUGGCUCGAUAAGAUUGUACCCUACGAGUUUGCUCGAAAUAUUAAUGAGGCUUCCAAGGAAUGCAUAUUAAAUGCAAUUGAAUCAUUUCACAAACACACCUGCAUCAGAUUUAAAAAGAGAGAAAAAGAACAACAUUACAUUUACAUUAAGUCAGAGCCACGAGUGUGUAUGUCUUAUGUUGGAAAGCAGCAUGGUAAACAACCUCUUACAAUUGGUAAAGGGUGCACUCGCCUUGGUACCUGUCAACAUGAGCUUCUUCAUGCAUUGGGAGUUAUUCAUGAACAAAGCCGUCCCGACAGAGAUGAACAUGUCAAUGUUGUCUGGAGCAAUAUAAAUGAAAACGAAAAAAAUAACUUCAGAAAAUACAGUUAUCUAAAAGUGACUGAAGAAGACAUACCCUAUGACUUCAUGAGUGUCAUGCAUUACCCGAACCAUGCAUUUGCCAAGGAUAGAAGUGAGCCAACACUCGUUUCAUUGAAAGAUCCCUCUCUUGUAUUUGGCCAGAGAGAUAUGUUUACUGUUGGGGAUGUUGCAACAAUCAACAAGAUGUACAAAUGCCCGAAGAAUGACUUCAACUCUGAGCUGCCAGAUGUACUUUCUGACGAGGAAGUGGAAAAAAGAAGAGAUAUGCGAGAGACUUUUGACUUUUCCUUCUGAUAUAUUAGUUUCUUUAUUUGGGUGCACAGUACGAGAGGAGAGCCUGAGCAAGUAACAGUUUAAAAGAUCUUCAUUUGAACCGCAGAUCCUGAUAAAUGAUUGGAAUUGAAUCAGUUAGAUUGGCCAUACAAAAUCCAAAACUGUAGCCUGUCAAAAAACUUGAAAUCUGGAUUCCUUGUUAAUUGUUCCUGAUUUGAGUACAGCUUACUUCUACAAAUAUUGCUCGAAUAGGUAGGAAAUGUCCUUUAAAAGUUUCUCUCUGUUUUUCUUUUCCUACCUAUACCUAGGCUCAAAAUUUUAGUAUCUGCUUGGGAUGAUGAUCAUGUUAAUUCAGUUACUUGCUGGCAGUACCCCCAUUUUCCUUCUAUACCCCAAUGUAACAUUAGCUAUUUUAGGCUCUUGCUUGUUUAUUUGUUCAAGCAUGAGAACGUUCUGAAGACAGCACAAAGUACGAGAACAAUUUAGACACGCCACACUUCUUUGGUUCUCAAAUCUUUUGUCCUGCUAUAAAUUUAUCAGCAACUUUAACCGAGUAUGGAUGCAACCCAAUUUGAAAGAUGAAACUCUUAUUGUGCUGUUAUUUUGGUUUCAUAUAUAGCUCUCCUCUGUGCACUACAAGUAAUGGAAAAGAAAAAAGGUGUAUUUUUUUCGUGGAAACAUGCAUGAUACUGCUUGUGACUGAGUUGAAUACUUUUUUAGUAGCUCUGGAUCAAUGAUCUCCAGAUCAAUUUAAGAGUAGAUAAUAUACAAAAAUGAAAAAUACCAGAAAAAUACUUUAGCUAAUCACGCAUGUUCUCACUAUUAGCACUUUUUUAAGUUUUUAAGGGUGUGUAAGUCUUUUCUUAUUACUUUAUUAUGUCACUUUGUAAUUCUCUAUAUUUUGCAAAGGGCCGUCAGGGUCUCAUCACAUUUAAAAUCAAGCACAAAUGUAUUGGUCAGAUAUGAAAUUGAUGUAAUUGCCGAAUUGAUUGGUACCUUAUGACAGGCAGAAAAGGACGGGAAAAUGUAGUGUCAAGCUGUGGAUGUCCGAGGCCAGGCUAAUUCUUUGUGCUUGCUUCUAAUUGGUAGUAUUAUUUUGGUAGUAUUAUCAAUCAAUGGUGCUAUAUUUUGUAUCAAGGUGAUAUAAAGGGUUUGUGAAGUUAAGUUACAAAAACGUCAAUAUUAAUUUAGUUUCAAAACAGUUCGCCAGUAUACUUGGAAAAUCAAAUUAUUAAAAUUCGGACUUCACAAACUCUUUUGUCACAAGACUAUUUAUCUAAUGUGGACCUUUUGUAUUGGUCGUAAAUCUAUUUUUCUAUUAUCAUGAAAAUAUUUUCUGCAAA